CCGAGACCUCAGGCGCUCAGACUCGGGCUGGACUGGGCCAGGGAGGUGCAGGGAGAGGGGGCGGCCACGCAGGGCAGGCUGCAGGCCCAGACGCGGGGGGACACGGGCGUGGGCCUCCCAGACCAGCCCCCCGGGCGUGGCUCUGCUCAGGGCUGCAGCGGGGCUCAGUGCGCGGGUGGAUUUUCAGGGAGCCCAGACCAGGGGUGCUGGCCUGACCCUGAGAUGGAGCUCAGGGACCCCAAGAAGCAGGAAGAUGGGGACCCGGAGGAGGACACAGCCACGGCCCUGCAGAGGCUCGUGGACCUGACGGCCUCCAGGGUGACCCCCGUGCGGAGUCUGCGAGCCCACUACCGCCUCAUCCGGAGGCUCGGCUCGGGCUCCUACGGCCACGUGCUGCUUGCCCGGCCUCGCCAAGGGGGUCGGGCCGUGGCUCUGAAGCUCCUCCCACGGGCCUCGGUCUUCAGAAACACCUUCCUGAGAGAGUUCUGUGUGGGCCGCUGUGUGUCAUCACAUCCAGGCCUGCUCCAGACGCUGGCGGGACCGCUGGAGACCCCACGCCACUUCGCCUUCGCCCAGGAGUACGCGCCCUGUGGGGACCUCAGCGGGAUGCUGCAGGAACGGGGCCUCCCAGAGUUGCUGGUGAAGCGCGUGGUGGCCCAGCUCGCAGGAGCCCUGGACUUCCUCCACGGCCGGGGGUUGGUGCACGCAGACGUGAAGCCCGACAACGUGCUGGUCUUCGACCCUGUGUGCAGCCGCGUGGCCCUGGGGGACCUGGGUCUGACCCGGCCCGAGGGCAGCCCCACCCCGGCGCCCCCAGGGCCCCUGCCCUCUGCGCCCCCCGAGCUCUGCGUCCUGCUGCCCCCCGACACCCUGCCCCUGCGGCCCGCCCUGGACUCCUGGGGGCUCGGUGUGCUCCUCUUCUGCGCGGCCACUGCCUGCUUCCCCUGGGACGUGGCGCUGGCCCCUGACCCCGAGUUCGAGGUCUUUGCGGGCUGGAUGACUGCCAGGCCCCAGCCGCCCCAGCCGCCACCCCCCUGGGACCAGUUUGCACCCCCCGCUCUGGCCCUGUUCCAGGGGCUCCUGGAUCUGGAUCCUGAAACCAGGAGUCCCCCGCUGGUCGUCCUGGACUUCCUGGGAGAUGACUGGGGGUUAAAGGGGAACAAAGAGAGAGCUGGGGGAUUGGGGAGCAUGUCCAGCGAGGGUGGGGAGGAGGAGGAGGAGGGCGGAGCAAGCCUAGAAGAAUGGUCAGAGGAGGACGGUGACAGCGGGGGGAGGACAGACACAGAUGCGGGAGAGCCCUGACCAGGUGAGCGGGACAGGUGGCCGGGCCCGGGCCAGAGGCCCCGCCCUCGGGGCCCCGCCCCCAGAGGCCCCGCCCCCAGCCCCCACGGCCGCCUGCGCGGGAGAACGGAGAGCACCCUGCGCCUCUCCCAACCGAAGGCUGCGCUGAGACGCACGACUCCCCUCCCUGCUGACGACCUGGGGGUCUGGAGCCCCCGCCCCUCCGCCCUCAGACCCGGGGAUCCAGGCCCCCGGCCCUUCCUCCGCCCUCAGACCCGCGGGUCCAGACCCGGCCCCUCCUCCCCCCUCAGACCCGGGGAUCCAGGCCCCCCGCCUCCCCCUCAGACCCGGGGAUCCAGGCCCCCGGCCUUCCUCCCCCCUCAGACCCGGGGAUCCAGGCCCCCCGCCUCCCCCUCAGACCCGGGGAUCCAGGCCCCCCGCCUCCCCCUCAGACCCGGGGGUCCAGGCCCCCCGCCUCCCCCUCAGACCCGGGGGUCCAGGCCCCCCGCCUCCCCCUCAGACCCGGGGGUCCAGGCCCCCCGCCUC